UACAUUCUAAGAGAAAUCAAGAGGGCAGACAUCCCACGUCCAGAGGGAGAAGUGAACCCGGUUGCACCCCUGCCGAAGCAGGUCCUAGUUAUAAUGGUUAGCGCCCUCUACCUGUCUCUCAUUCUCUAGAAUGUUAUGAAUCCUUUAUCACAAGAAUGAAGUAUUGUCUUCGUCCCAAAUGGCACCAUAUGUUCCCUAUACAGUGCACUAUUUUUGACCAGGGCCCUGGUCAAAAGUUGUGCACUAUAUGGGGAAUAGGGUGCCAUUUAGGACACAUCCCAUAUUGACAUUGCUAUUGACUCUGUAUGUAUGGCUGUCUCCAGGAGCAGUUGCAGAGGCUGGAGGUGGAGCUGAGCGAGGUGACCAGGAAUAAGGAGAAGCUACAGAAGAACCUCCUGGAGCUGACAGAGUAUACACACAUGCUGCGCAUCACACGCAAUUUUGUGCACCGCAGCGCAGAGGUAGGUCCAACAGCUGCCCCACAAAGCAGGAUCCCACCACUGUACAACGCUCUGCCCCUCAGUUUGAGUUCAGAGCACUUGCAUUGACUUUGAUUUGCUUGAUGAGGAGACUGAGCAGAUUUGAGUGUCACAUGAUUUGGCUUGGCGGCAUAACAUUGAAACUUUCUCUUCUCUUUUUUUUCUUUAUAGAGGAUAUUUUGGGGGAUAAAUCUGGGGUUAGCCAAAACCUUGCUACUUGUCUUUUAUUAAUUCAUGCAUGGGCAAAUUGUUGCCCUUUUUCUAACGAUGUGUUAUGGGGGUGUAUGUGUUUUCUCUACUGGUCUGGAUUUGGGGUAUGUAUUUUGUGUGUGUCCUCACACUGGGUUAUGUUUCACAGCGUGAUCCCCCGCAGGUCCAGUAUGAGGAGUUCCCCUUCCUAGAAAAGGAUUCCAUGAUGGACUACACCAGCAUGCAGCGACUAGGGGCCAAACUAGGGUAAAGAGCUAUCAGCAGUCAUAUUUAUACACACUUGGGUAUGUGUGCCUGUUUACUGUAAUACCCUGUUGAUCUCACCCUCACUCCCGCAGGUUUAUAUCAGGGAUGAUUCAGAGGGUGAAGAUAGAGGCCUUUGAGCGCAUGCUUUGGAGAGUGUGUAAGGGCUACACUAUCCUUAGCUACUCUGAAAUUGACGAGUACUUGGAGGACCUUGACACGGUGGGUCAAUGUUGUUCUGCCUGAGAGAGAUUCUUAACCCUUUUCUAAAUGGUUGAGUGUGAGAUAAAAUAAUAAGAUACUGCUUACCACAUAGCUAAAUAUAACAGCAUCCCUGUUAGGCCUGUGAGAAGUAUAACAUCUCACCUCAGCCUUACCGUGUGUAUAUUCUAAACCGCUUCCUGUUCUCUGGUUAUUGCAGGGUGAGCCAACUAAGAGUGUGGUUUUCCUCAUCUCCUACUGGGGCGAGCAGAUCGGACAGAAAGUCAAGAAGAUCUGUGACUGGUAAUUAAAACACCUCUCCAACUGACCUGUUACACUUUCAGCCUGAGGUGAUUCCCUGUCAAACCAUUAGGCCUAUUAUGUUGCCCCCAACAAGCUCUGAAGACUGUGGCUUUAACCUAUGUGAUAACAUCAUGGAGCUUUUCUUUUUGCCCCUCAGCUACCACUGUCACGUGUAUCCAUACCCCAACAGCAAGGAGGAGAGGAAUGAUGUUGUGGAGGGACUCAGGACUCGCAUCCAGGACCUGCACACUGUAAGCUCUCUAAACUCCUUGUGAGCAACAACAUAGUGGGUGAUGUUUUUUUAGUUGGUUUUGCCUUUAAGUCAUGAAAAUAACUUUUUGGCUAUCAAAUUUGUACAGUUAAAAAUAGAAAUGUUUAUUUUUUUAAAUGAUUACACCCAUGUAUUCUUUAACCAGAAAAGGUUUGCUCCAGAGAUCGCUCCCUAACGUCACUGGCUAGUUAAAAUAUAAGCUACCAACGGCUUGAACUGUUGAAAUACAGUGCCUUCAGAAAGUAUUUAUACCCCUUGAUUAAUUCCACAUUUUGUUACAGCCUGAAUUAAAAAUGGAUUAAAUAGAUUUCUCUCACCUAUCUACACAAUAAUGACAAAGUGAAUACAUGUUUUUAUAAAUGUUGCACAUUUAUUGAAAAUGAAAUACAGACAUAUCUCAUUUACAUAAGUAUUCACACCCUUGAGUCAAUACAUGUUAGAAUCACCUUUGGCAUCGAUUACAGCUCUGGUAAGUCUUCCUGGGUAAGUCUCUAAGAGCUUUGCACACCUGGAUUGUACGAUAUUUGUCCAUGAUUCUUUUCAAAAUUCUUCGAGCUCUGUCAAAUUGGUUGUUGAUCAUUGCUAGAUCCAUCCUCAGUUUUCUGCUAUCACAGCCAUUAAACUCUGUAACUGUUUUAAUGUCACCAUUGGCCUCAUGGUGAAAUCCCUGGGUGGUUUCCUUUCUCUCCGGCAACUGAGUUAGGAAGGACGCCUGUAUCUUUGUAGUGACUGGGUGUAUUGAUACACCAUCCAAAGUGUAAUGAAUAAAGUCAUCAUGCUCAAAGGGCUAUUCAAUGUCUGCUUUUUUUAUAUUUACCCACCUACCAAUAGGUGCCUUCUUUGCGAGGCAUUGGAAAACCUCCCUGGUCUUUGUGGUUGAAUCUGUGUUUGAAAUUCACUGCUUGACUGAGGGACCUUACAGAUAAUUGUAUGUCUGGUGUACAGAAAUGAGCUAGUCAUUCAGAAAUCAUGUUAAACACUAUUAUUAAACACAGAGUGAGUCCAUGCAACUUAUUAUGUGACUUGUUAAGCAAAUCUCUACUCCUGAACUUAUUUAGGCUUGCCAUAACAAAGGGGUUGAAUACUUAUUGACUCGACAUUUCUGCUUUUCAUUUUUUAUUAAUCUGUAAACAUUUCUAAAAACAUAAUUCCACUUUGACAUUAUGGGGUAUUGUGUGUAGACCAGUGACACAAAAUCUCACCAUGCUCAAAGGAAUAUUCAAUGUCUGUUUUUUUAUUUUUAGCCAUCUACAAAGAUAUACAGUCACUACAAAGAUACAGGCCAAUGGUGACAUUAAAACAGUAUCCCUUAAAGAAUGGGCCUUGUGCUUCCAGCUACGGCAAAGAUGAUAAGAAGCAGAAUGGCAUGUGAGGGAUAGAGUUUUAGGAACGAGAGGGAGAGUGCUCUCACUCAGGCACCAGAGCGUGACCACUCUGGGGUCACUUGACUCGGCUUAUGCCUUGCUGUCUGGAAGACUUAAGAUCAAUCUUUUUGGAAGUUCUACCUCUGAAGAAAAAAAUUAUUAAAUUAACCUCUGGUCCCAGCACAUGAUCUCCAUGAGGUCUCAGCUGAAGGCUGCCCCCCCCCCCCCUCAUGCAAACACACACACAUACCAGAACUUAAAGCACACACACUCAAAUUCCCUCCCUGGCAUUUUCAUUGCAGAUACUCUAGCCCUCACACAAUAUUCUUAGACAUUCAUUAAUCAAUUCCCCAACUGUGUUUUGUGCCAAAACAUUCCUGUGCUUCAAUACCCAAACAAGCUAUGGGCCGAUACAUAGCAAGCCCUUGCACUCAGUGGAGGCUGCGCUCAACGAGCCUAAGUCAAUUCUACACACCCUUUUGAUAUUCUGAAUGAAUGUGAAAUCCCUCCCAUUAGUUAAAAUGUCAUACUAAUACUCCCCCCCGGCUUCCCCCAGGUACUCCACAGGACAGAGGACUACCUGAGACAAGUGUUGAACAAGGCUUCUGAGUCCAUCUACACCUGGGUAAUCCAGGUCAAGAAGAUGAAGGCCAUCUACCACAUCCUCAACCUGUGUAGCUUUGACGUCACCAACAAGUGUCUGAUAGCCGAGGUGUGGUGCCCUGUCAACGACCUGCCCAUCCUGCGGAGGGCGUUAGAGGAAGGCUCGGUUAGUCAGCUCCCUGUUACCAUGGCUCCCUGUGUAAUGUCAUUGUUGGGCUUAACUCUUUUUACGUUUUGGAUUGUAAUAUCAUUGUUUGUGACCCCUCCUUCUAAGUUCACUUUGUUCAGUAUUUGGCUAAACAACAGUCACACACCCAGUCAGCAUGACCUGCUUUAGUAAUGGGGUUUUGGUUGUAGUAGAAAAAGGGAAAUUGAUCUCAUCUUGACCACCUCUGAUGAUUUUAGACAGAGCCAGGUAUUUAGAGAGUUGGGCCAACUUUUAGAAUUGUGAAUAUUGUUUUAAUUCUAGACAUUCAGUUACAUAGCAUUAUUUUAAUAUUCCCAUGUAAUGUUAAUGGGGCGAUAACAUGGCUGCCAUAGAAUGUUGUAGUCAUGGAAAUGCGCAUAAUGCAGAAACCUCAAUGGCACAACUCUCUAAAUACAUGGCUCUGGUUUUAUUUAUUAAACUAGUCUAGUCAUGGGUCCUGUUGGGCCCCAAUUGAAGUCUACCAGGGCUUCUGUCUAUUAUUACAUUACACUGGCUAAUGACGUGAAUAAUGAAGGUCACAUUCAGUUCAAUGACAGCAGCCCAUGCCAGGGUUCUGCCAGGGGUUUUAGUCCUUUAAAAGGCUUAAAUGAGGCUUCUAAAGACGAAGCUUUAAUGGUCAAUAUAUUUGAACGGUCUUGAAUGGUCUAAAAUAUUUGAACUAACUAACUGUUUGAUGAGAUGUUAGGUUUCUGUCUCCAUUUGGAGAAAACAAAUUAUGUCUCAAAUAAUUGGGUUGCCCUCACUCAAACAACCUCCAUGCAACCUUAAUAGGCUAACAUUACAAUAAUCCCGGUCUGAAAAUCCACUGUCUGACAUUAUUGGCUUACCUUUACAGAGGAAAAGUGGAGCCACAGUGCCUUCUUUUGUCAACCGUAUCCCCAGCAACGACACUCCGCCAACCCUAAUAAGGACCAACAAGUUCACAUCAGGCUUCCAGAACAUAGUGGAGGCCUAUGGAGUGGGCAACUAUAGAGAGGUUAACCCAGGUACAGUACGCCCUCGCCAGCCAAUGACCGCUGAUUACUACAUUUAGGAAGAUAUCACAUGCUAUCAUUAGCCCUACUGUUUUUCUGUUUGUUUGCUAUGUGUAUGAGCCACAUGCCUGUCGCCGAAGACAAAUUUCCACUCCUAACAAGAAUGGACAAUAAAGUUGUACACUUUAUUGAUAGUUGAAUGUGUAUAUGGAGGAAUGAUGAUGUAUUGUCUGUUGUGUCUAACAGCUCCUUACACAAUCAUCACCUUCCCCUUCCUGUUUGCUGUGAUGUUUGGAGACCUGGGCCAUGGUGUUAUCAUGGCUCUGUUUGCUCUCUGGAUGGUGCUGUAUGAGGAAAAUGGCAAACUGAAAAGCACCAGGAACGAGGUGAGAGGGGCAGAGGAGAGGCUGUCAGUGUGUUCAUCCCAAAUGGCUCCCUAUUCCCUAUGUAGUGCACUAGUUUUGACCAGGGCCUAUAGGGAUUUGGUCAAAAGCAGUGCACUACAUAGGGAAUAGGGUGCCAUUUGGGAUGUAGACCGGGUGUGUGGGGGAAUUGUUUCUGGUCUAAAUGAGCUAAAUGAGUAAUAAGCAAACAGUAAAUGUUGUGGUUAGCUGGAUCCUUCCCCCUACGUUGACAAUGGUGUGUUUGUAUGCUCAGAUCUGGAACACGUUCUUCGAGGGCCGUUACAUCAUCCUGAUGAUGGGCUUCUUCUCGGUAUAUACCGGACUCAUCUACAACGACUGCUUCUCCAAGUCUCUGAACAUCUUUGGCUCGGGCUGGAGUGUCAACGCCAUGUUUAAAUCUGGAAAUUGGACUUGGUAAGUACUGUACUGUAAUAUGUUCUGUACUGUAAUAUCUCUUCCUGCGAUUGCAGAGAUGAUUAGAUCAGGGUGAAAGGCCACAUGAUCACAGCUCAAUGCCAAUGUGUUUUGGUUUUUGAUGUCCUAUCACUGAUUGGUCAGACUGGUUUUUCAAUUAUACAUUAAUUACAUGUAAAAUAAAGUAUAAAAAUUGCGAAGAUGUAUGUGACAUAGCUUGCUCUUUUAAUUGUUCACUUUUAUAUUUUCUUUAAAAGGAAUUCCACACUCCGCACCAAUGCCUUUCUGACCCUUGAUCCCAAUGUCCCUGGGGUUUUCAAUGGACCCUACCCUUUGGGCAUUGACCCGGUAAGUACAUGGCUUUAUGAUCCAUGGUCAUAAACGGCUUUGUCUUGUCUCUAUGUUCACUAUACACACAAGUUAUUCCCUGUCUCUUCAUAACCAUACACAUUUGCCUCUCACCAACCAGAGCCAAUAAAGUAUACAGUGCUAUUAAAAAGGAUUUGCCCCCUUUCUAAUUUUCUCUACUUUUGCAUAUUUCUGAUACUGAAUGUAUCAGAUCUUCAACCAAAACCUAAUAUUAGAUAAAGGGAACAUAAGUGGACAAAUAACACAACAAUUACAUAUUUAUUUAAUUUAUUUCAUAAACAAAGUUAUGCAACACCCAAUUCCCCUGUGUGAAAAAAGUAAUUGCACCCUUACACUCAAUAACUGAUUGUGCCACCUUUAGCUGCAAUGACUCCAACCAAAUGCUUCCUGUAGUUGUUGAUCAGUCUCUCUCGUCGCUGUGGAGGAAUUUUGGCCCACUCUUCCAUGCAGAACUGCUUUAACUCAGUGACGUGUGGGUUUUCAAGCAUGAACUGCUUGUUUCAAGUCCUGCCACAACAUCUCAAUUGGGAUUAGGUCUGGACUUUGACUAGGCCAUUCCAAAACUUCCAAUUUGUUGCUUUUUAGCAAUUUUCAUGUAGACUUGAUUGUGUGUUUUGGAUCAUUGUCUUGCUGCAUGACCCAGCUGUGCUUCAGCUUCAGCUCACAGACGGAUGGUCUGACAUUCUCCUGUAGAAUUAUCUGAUACAGAGCAGAAUUCAUGGUUCCUUCUAUUAAGGCAAGUUGUCCAGGUCCUGAGGCAGCAAAGCAUCCCCAAACCAUCACACCACCACCACCAUGCUUGACCUUUGGUAUGAUGUUCUUACUGUGGAAUGCAGAGUUUGGUUUUCGCCAGGCAUUACUGGAACCAUCUCGUCCAAAAGUUAUACUUUUGAAUCAUCUGUCCAUAGAACGUUCUUCCAAGAGUCUUGAUGAUCAUCCAGGUGCUUUUUGGCAAACUUGAGUCAACUUUUUGGACGAGAUGGGUCCCAUUAUGCCUGGCGAAAACCAAACACUGCAUUCCACAGUAAGAACAUCAUACCAAAGGUCAAGCAUGGUGGUGGUGGUGUGAUGGUUUGGGGAUGCUUUGCUGCCUCAGGACCUGGAUGAGUUGCCUUAAUAGAAAGAACCAUGAAUUCUGCUCUGUAUCAGAGAAUUCUACAGGAGAAUGUCAGACCAUCCGUCUGUGAGCUGAAGCUGAAGCGCAGCUGGGUCAUGCAGCAAGACAAUGAUCCAAAACACACAAUCAAGUCUACAUGAAAAUUGCUAAAAAGCAACAAUUUGGAAGUUUUGGAAUGGCCUAGUCAAAGUCCAGACCUAAUCCCAAUUGAGAUGUUGUGGCAGGACUUGAAACGAGCAGUUCAUGCUUGAAAACCCACACGUCACUGAGUUAAAGCAGUUCUGCAUGGAAGAGUGGGCCAAAAUUCCUCCACAGCGACGUGAGAGACUGAUCAACAACUACAGGAAGCAUUUGGUUGAAGUCAUUGCAGCUAAAGGUGGCACAACCAAUUAUUGAGUGUAAGGGGGCAAUUACUUUUUCACACAGGGGAAUUGGGUGUUGCAUAACUUUGUUUAUGAAAUAAAUAUGUAAUUGUUGUGUUAUUUGUCCACUUAUGUUCCCUUUAUCUAAUAUUAGGUUUUGGUUGAAGAUCUGAUAACAUUCAGUAUCACAAAUAUGCAAAAGUAGAGAAAAUUAGAAAGGGGGAAAAUACUUUUUCAUAGCACUGUAUCAUGGAUCAUUACUCAUCGUCAUUUUAAUAUUCUUAUAACAAUAUUUCAAUGUUUUGUUAACAAUCCCAUCAGUCUGACUGUGAUGUAGUCUGUCCAUACCUCAACCUGACGGGGUUAUUUUCCUUGUUUCUUCCACUGUGUAGAUUUGGAACUUGGCGUCAAAUCGUCUGACCUUUCUGAACUCAUACAAGAUGAAGAUGUCUGUGAUUGUGGGUAUCAUUCACAUGAGCUUCGGGGUCAUCCUAGGGGUCUUUAACCACUUGUGAGUUACAGCACACACUCCACCCACACUUUACAGCCCUUGUGUGUGUCUAUGAAAGCACGUUAUAGCUCUGUUGUCUGUGUCUAUCUGUGUAGGCAUUUUAGGAAAAAGUUCAACCUGUACUUGGUAUUCCUCCCGGAGCUGCUGUUCCUGCUGUGCCUGUUUGGCUACCUGGUCUUCAUGAUCAUCUACAAGUGGCUGGCCUUCUCUGCCCGCGACUCCCAGAUGGCCCCCAGCAUCCUCAUCCACUUCAUCAACAUGUUCCUCAUGCAGGGGGACGGGGUGCCGCCCCUCUUCCCAGGACAGGUACAUGUGUGUUCCCACAGUGGGUGUGUCCCAAAUGGCAUCCUAUUCCCUAUAUGCACUACUAUAGGGCCCUGGUCAAGAGGUGUGCACUAAAGGGAAUAGUGUGAUAUUUCGGACACACCCACUGAAUAUAGAACUGGGACUUCUCAGUAAAACCACUCGCUCAGUGAAGACAUGUAUACAAGCCCAACCCGCUCUGAAGCUACUUCAGUGAGACUGUAACAGACCUGUCUGUUGUUUCCCUCUCCUACUGUAGGUUGGGCUGCAGGUGUUCCUGGUGGUCAUUGCUCUACUAUCGGUGCCUGUCUUACUGCUGGGGAAACCAGUCUACCUCUACUGGCUGCACAACGGAGGAGCCAACCGCAUUGGAAUGUACAGGGUGAGGCUUUGAGUUUGUAGCUCUAUCUGACCUAAGAGUCAUAAGCAUGUGUGUGUAGUGUGUCCAUAUAUGGGUCUGUGUUCUGGUUGUAACAUAGUCUAUGGUGGUGUGUGUGUGUAAUCUGUUUAUAGGAGUGCGCUCUGGUUGUAACAUGAAGAGUGUGUGUGGUGUUUGUCAACAGGGUUAUGAGCGUGUGCGACGGCACAGCGAGGAGGAGCUCUCCCUGAUGAGGGCAAAUGACAUGGAGGAGGGCAGUGUCCACAGUGACCUCUCCACCAGCAGAGAGCACCAGAAAGAGGAGGUUAGCUGAUGACAACACAAUCACCACCUCCCACUAGCCUCUCAUUCAGGCAUCAGUACACUAUGGGUACCGAAAGUAAUAGGUCCUCCUGUCUGUGUGUUGGGUUUUACAGUUUGACUUUGGGGACAUGUUCCUGCACCAGUCUAUUCACACCAUAGAGUACUGCCUGGGCUGCAUCUCCAACACAGCCUCCUACCUGCGCCUCUGGGCUCUGAGUCUGGCACAUGCCCGUGAGUAUCACCACACCACAUCACAUUUUUAUUAUUUUUAUUAAUCUUUGAAGGAUAAACAUUUAAAGUGUGUUUUAUUUUUGAGCGAGUUUAAUUGUUUAUGUAUGUAAUGUUCUCUGACUGGAGCAACCUUCUUCUUUUAAAUUAUUAAAUAAAAUGAAUCAAUCAGAGAUGUGACAGUGUUUGUUUGCCCCUGCUCCCCCAGAGCUGUCGGAAGUGCUGUGGUCCAUGGUGAUGCGAUUGGGCCUGCGGAUGGACACCAGCCUGGGCAUCAUGUUUCUGGUGCCAGUGUUUGGGAUAUUCGCUGUGCUCACUGUGUCUAUCCUCCUGGUUAUGGAGGGUCUGUCUGCCUUCCUCCAUGCUCUCAGGCUGCACUGGUUAGUUACUCACUAUACUUGCAGAAUUGACAGAGUGAAGGACAGGAAAUAUGUGUAAAAAUUCAACACAUCAUGCCUUUAUAAUGCUUUUAUUAAUGCUUACACUAUAUUCAGUGAUCUCUGUUCUGUCUCCAUAGGGUGGAGUUCCAAAAUAAGUUCUACACUGGGACUGGAAUCAAGUUUGUUCCCUUUGCCUUCUCCCUCCUGCCCUCUAGCUUUGAGCAUGAUGACUUGCUG